AUGGCUGACGACGACGACGACGACCAGGUGGCAACGGUGUCAUUCAACCAGGACCACGGGUGCUUUGCCCUCGCCCACCGCCAGGGGUUUGUCGUCUACAACACCCACCCGGUCGAGCUCCGGGUCCACCGCCACUUCGACCAGCCGGUGGCGAUGGUGGCCAUGCUCCAUCGCACCAACUACUUGGCGGUGGUGGGUCAAGACCCCCCCCCGGCGACGGGCCAGGGCAUCCCGAAACUGGUGAUCCACAGCCACCGAGUGACGAUAUGGGACGAUUUAAAACGCAAACCGCUGCUCAUCCUCGACUUUGACGAACCCGUGAAGCAAGUGAUCCUCAGCCGUGUUCGGAUUGUUGUGGUCCUCCCUCGAUCGGUCAAAGUAUACGCGUUCCUGGUACCACCAAAGCCAUUAGCCGCUUACGACACUAGUGACAACGGCCACGGUCUCUGCGAUUUACUGGUGGCGUCUCAGCAACCAGUUGUGGCGUUCCCUGCCCGCCAACCAGGCCAAGUCCACCUAGUGGACGUGCUGGGAGAGAAGUCUCAGUGUAAUCGCAUUAUUAAGGCUCAUAAGGCCCCGCUCCGCUGUCUUGCCCUUAACCGACUGGGAACAUUAGUGGCUACUGCCUCCUACACUGGUACCCUCAUCCGUGUCCACCUGUCGCAAACGGGCGCUUUAGUAUACGAGUUCCGUCGCGGUCUCGAUAAGGCCGAAGUGACGCUGAUGAAGUUUAGCCACAACGAUAAGCGGUUGGCGGUGCUUAGUAACAAAGGCACACUCCACAUAUUUGCCCUUGAACUGCUGGUUAACCGCCAGCACUUACUUAAACGAGUUCUGGUGCCGCUUCCCAUGCCCAACUAUUUUAAUCUGACGUGGCUGGCGUGCUGCGUCACCAUUGAAGGUGCCGUCGGCGACGAAGGCACUGUGGGCUGGCUGGGAGACCUGGUGGUGAUAAUAUGGAAGCGUCGCCGGGUGUGGGAGCAGUACGCCAUGGUGAAAGAGCCGGGUUCGCAGUGGUUCGGCGACGACGUUCGCUGGAGCGUCGAACGUAUCGCCUGGAAGCGGCUCACCUGGUAA